AUGGCCUCCAACACUUCAGUUAAAGAAGGCAUGGAAAUCAACCCGGAGAAAGCGGAGUGCUCAGGCUGGAUCGAAGUCGUGAGCAAGAAGAAGAAACUUACCGAGCGGGCUGAUUCUAACGUGCCCACGUCAGCGAAAGGAAGCGGUAAUGGCGGCUGCCGCACUGCCUCACAGAACGUAUUUAGACGAGUCGUGGAAGCUUCCAGAAUCCCGAACCUUCCCAGGGAUGACUUUAAGACCAUUUUACGGCCUCCUGGAGGGUUGAAUGUUAAGAAGACAGACCUUAUUAUGUUCAAGCGUGCGCUCGCCAAACCGGCUUCCCUAACAGCGGAGCAGGUGUUCGACGACAACUUGUGCACGAAUCCCUUCCAGAACAUUGUUGUGGUUGCCACGGCGUUCGAGGCGAACGCGCACGCCUACGCCAAGAUCCAACAGAUCUGUAUGGGUAAUAUCGUCACAGGAGUAGCGGCCUACGUGGCUGCGUCGGACGACACAUUUAAAGGAGUGAUGCGCGGAAUCAACCUGGAUCUCAGUGACGCAGAACUGACGGAGAUGAUCGUCAACCGGAGGAACCCCGGCGCUCUGGGGAUUCGAAGAAUCAAGAAGACAGCAACAGUGAUCGUGUUGUUCUACGGACAAAAGGUCCCCCAAAACGUCCUGUGUGAUGGUGUUCGCUACCCUUGUUCCUUGUAUCGCAGGCAAGUGGACGUCCCAUCUAAGCCAACAAAAGAUAUAGUGUACAAGCGACACUCCUGUGGACCUCAACCAACAGUGCCAAAAAAGUGCAAGCUAAUAGAGCCUAAAGAAGCCCUUGACGUCGAAGGCUUCUUGGAAAAAAUUAAGGAGGUUGCACCAACGGCAAGGAUAUUUACAAUGACAACUUGCAAACCACAAGUCAAUGCGACUCCAACUGAAAAUGUCAAUGGUUCGUCCCAUCAUGUUGAGGAGGAACCCCUAACAUUAACACUUGAGACACCUCUGGUAGCAUUCACAUCAAGGUUGCUCAGCCGGAAAGGUUUUAAGCAUGAAAGCGUUGAGUGCUUGGCAAGCACUCUUUUCGAAAAAUUGUCCACAGCAGAAAAUGAGGCGAGGAGAAUUGAAGUAGCCACGCGAAAUCAGGCAUGUUGUCCCAUAUGGUACCAACACCGUAAGGGUAGGAUAACGGCAUCACUUUUUAAGGAUGUGUGCAGAUCAAAACGAGUACACUGCACAACUCUGCUAAACAAAAUAUUUAAGGAACCACUGAAUGUGCCUGCUGUGCAAUAUGGUGUUGAGAACGAACCUGUUGCCAAAGAGAGGCUUCUAGCACAUCUGAGCACCAUUCACUCAAAUGCCCACAUUGAGGCAUGUGGCCUCAUGGUGAACCCCAGGUACCCAUUUUUCGGCUGCAGCCCUGACGGAAUUUUCAGAUGCGACUGCCACCAACCUGCACUUGUAGAAAUUAAAUGUCUUUAUAGUCUCAGGGACUGCCAUCCUGAGAACUUAUUAGCUGAAGGCCAAAAAAAGAAUGAGUUCUGCCUUGCAGCUAAUGGGGCUUUAAAAGAAACCCAUGCCCACUACCACCAGGUGCAAGCCCAACUGCACCUGAACCUUGAAAAUAUCAGAACCUGCUACUUCUACAUUCACGUUGAUGCAGGUGGGCUCCUGGUAGUAGUAGAGAGGGACGAAAAUUUCAUGGACUCUCACAUAGACAGUUUGCACAGUUUCUUGAGAGACAUUGUACUGCCAAGAAUAAUUCUAGGAAAUUCUUUGUAG